UCCAAACACUACACAUCUAUAGGUAUCCAUUAUCUGGGAGUGUUAUACGCCGCAAUUUCUUCUGCUGCGAUUCACUCAAUAGGAAUAGGCAUCCAAGAUGGCGGAGAUCCCAAUGCAAGAAAUGUCUCAUAUGUCUGCCUACGAGCAGUAUCCAUACGUAGGUGAGCAUCAGGAUCACUAUGGAAUGAAUUACAAUCAUACUGGACAAAUGGAUGCCGAUUACAUCAUGGAAAAUGAGGUUAUCAGCCCUAGGGGUGAACAACACACACCUAUGGUAGGAUUUUUCAGCUCGAAACUGUUGCGUUCUGGUCUCACCUUUCAGUGUGCUUCUCUCACUUUGAUGUUCAUAUUCUACUGGGCAUUCGGUGGUAAUGGCAUUUUUGUCUUUGACCUUUAUGCCGCUCCUGAGAGUGUAAAGAUUUCUAGACCAUUUCAUUUGACUGUUUCUUCUCUUCAGGCCAUAUACUUGCUUGGAACUUUUUACGUGGCAAUGUUCCAGGUUUUUGUUUCUGACAAUUCAAAGGCCGUUCGUGGUUUCAGGGCUGGAUCGAAGAUUCUCAGUGCUGCUGUCACUCUUGACCUUAUAUCUUCUAUGUUGAGAUUGGUACAGUACAUAUACGCAUAUUUCUACAUGAGCAUGAAGUGGUGGACUCGCUACCAGCAGACUAAGGCCGAUUGGAUUUUCUUUCAGUUUGGCAGCUUCACAAAUAGUUUUGCCUUGGUAAUGUACGGUGCCGCAUUUUUCUACCUUGAGGCCUACCACGAUGAGGGAACUUCUGAGGAGGUUGCCUGGACCAAUUUGGUUCUUUUCUGCCUUGCUGGACUUACUGAAUUGCUUAUGGUUUUCACCGGUUACGGUGCUCUGUUCAGUCUUUUCCUUUUGGCUGCCAUUAUGAGCGCCACUGUCUGGAGUUUCAGUUUCGAGCCAUUGCUAGAAAAAUGGUCGCCAUCUCUUCACUCGCGUGAUGUUAAUGCCGACUUCGCUGAGGACGCUUAUGAACAAGGCUACCAGCAGGCUUCCUACAACCAGGAACAACCUGAGUACACCCAUAUUCCCAACCAGAUCAACGAAGGCAUGUAUUACCAGCAGCAGUAAAUAUAACACGCCGCCUUUCUAUUUAAUGCAUAGCAUUGGCUGGAUUAUUAUAUAGUACGUUGUACGAAAUCACCUCCAGUGUAAACACAUGAUAGGCGAUAGCGCUGCUUGAUUGAAAUGAUCAAAAGAACUAUGUAUUCAUAAUGUAAAGAUUGAAUUCAGUU